GCGCCUGCGCCGCGCCGGGACUCCCUCGGCGGGUGACGCCGCCGCGCGCCGCCGCCGUGACGUCGCGGAGGCGUGACGCAGCAGGCGGAGGGGGCGCGCGUGUUCAAUGAUUAUGCUGCGUUAGACCAACAGAAUGUUCUUCAUCAGUGACUUGGGGUGUUACCAGCAUUUUUAUCUGAAGAGGUAAUAUUGUUUAUGGAAGUGGUUUAAUGUUUUAAAUCUUUAUAUGAAAAUGGUGAUAGUUUCAUGCAUUUAUUUGUACGUAAUGAGUUGGAUGUUGUCAGGUCAAAAUGAAAUGCAUGGUCAAGUGACAGAAGUACAACUUCAAUCUGAAGCUUGCUGAAAACAUUAGUACAGUUACAAUUAUAGAAACUUACAGUUUAAAAAAAAUAAAUGGUCAAAUCAGGAAUGUGUUAACUUCAUCAGUUACUUUAACAAUAUUGAUUGAAGUAUUUAUUACUGUAAUUUCUAAUUCAAAUCAUUGUAAACAUAUGGUAAGCCUCAAAGAUGAUGUCAUUCUAUUUGAUCUAUUGAGAACAAAUAUGUUUUAGCAGAAUUCUUGUUUAUUUACUGCUCUCUAAAAUUUAUGCCUCUCUUAUUUAAUAUAAUUUUCUAUCCUUUGCUAAAUACAUUUCCUGAGAUACUGGGACUUUGUUUUUUGUUUCCUUCAAAACAGGGAUUAAGAUGGAUGAAGUAUUUUAUUGGCUGUAGCAGGAACAGGAUGUGAAAGGAACGUUGCUGUAUCUAUUAGAGGGCAUAAUGCAGAAUCCUUUGACUUUUUCUGCAGGUGGUGUUUUUUUGCAUGCUAAUCCUGCAGAGAAACAUUGUGUCCAACAAAGUAUGCUGGGUCAGCCAAAACAAGAAACUUGUGCUGGAAAGACAGUAUCCACAGAUAAACACAAAUCUACUUCGGAUAUAAUACGAAGUUUUCAGAAGAAAGGUCAGUUUAGGACCAUCGCUCCCAAAAUGGUACCAAAAAUUUUAACAUCUGGAGUGGUUUCUUGUCUCCAGUCAUCAGUGCCUGAACAAAACCCACCAAAAAUUUCAGCUGCAGGUUCUAAGCCACUGAUGGUGCCAGCUCAAAACUACGCCGUCAUGCAGGUUGCUGGUCACGAGGGGACUUUCUCUCUUUUGGCCUUGCCGUAUGUUACCCCUGCCGUAACGCAGCCAAUCCAGCCAUCAAACAUGGCCCUUUCUGAAAACCUAAAGCUGCCUAUCCCUAGGUACCAGUCUGUGAGAAAUAAACUGCUGAGUGACAAAAAACCAGCUCAAGUCUCUGUUUUGGGUACACAGAACAAGAUUCCUACCAAAGCACAGGUCUCAUCGCAGACUUCCCCCAUGACUACCCCAGGUGAAGACUGUCCUGAAACUCGUUCUAGUUCAGAUUCAUCAGACCAAGUGAUGCUGUCAGGCCGUGAUUCAUCUGAAAUUACAGCUGCCACCUUACUGAGUGAAAGUAAUUCUGUGGAAUCUGGAUCUCCUUCGGUGAACAAAACAAAAACUGCUGCCAAUAACGUUUCUGGACCAUCUAUAGUUAAAGACUCUUUGAGCAAGCCAGCGAGUUCAAGUAAUCCCAUGAAACUUAGUCUGCACUCUGUGAAGACGGCACUUGAAACCACAAGGGAGUCAUUCAUUAUGUCUGAGAAACUACAAGAAAAACCCACAAAUUCUGCAAAUUCUGUUACUGUCCUUUCACCAGCAGUUUUUGGCAGUCCGAUCCAGAUGACUCCAUCAACACCAAAAGGAAAACUUCCUAUUUUGCCUUACUCAAGAAUGAAGAAUUCAGUGUUUUGUAAAUCUAAGCAGAGUACUACUGUUAUGGAUGUAUCCGGCCCUUUGAUAAGAUCUGACUGUGAAAAGACACCAGCUUCGGUGAAAACCUUUCAUGUUCCUUCUAAAGGAUCUGAUAAACGAUUAGCUGUACCAUUUACACAAGCCCCCAAACAAACCAUUCGAGAAAAUACUUUCUCUCCAUCCAAUAAAGUGGAUGUUGACAGCCUUAAAAAAUUGAAUGGUACACCAUCGAAAAGAAGAGGCAGGAAGAGAAGAGCCCCAGAUGAUUUAUUGGCUUUUCAGACCAAGCGAAGGAAAUGCAUCGUUAAUAAAUUUCGAGAAGGAAAAGAGAGGGUGAAAGCUGAUCUUCAGCCACCUGAAGACAAAAAAGCAGAGGCAGUGAAAAAAUACCGUAGUAUUAGACCAAAACCAGUGGUGGUUGUGCAGGCUAUUGCACCACUGACCUCUGCAGCCGUAGCAGAGGCAAAGUCUCCUGACCGAUUAGACCGAGAUAUUUUUUUAAACAGUUCACUUGCCAGUAAAUAUUUAAGCUACAAGCAUAAUGACACUACAUCGGUUAAAUCAAUCGAUUUAGGUAGAAAUGCCUAUUCAGCUGUACCCAAGCCAUGGCAUAAAUGCCACGUUUGUAACCAUAACUUCCAGUUCAAACACCACCUUCAGGACCACAUGAACACGCACACAAACAAACGGCCUUACAGCUGCCGAAUUUGCCGGAAGGCGUAUAUUCAUUCUGGAAGCCUGAGCACGCACAUGAAACUUCACCACAACGAUGGCAAGCCCAAAAAGCUUGUGUGUUGUGAAUUCUGUGCUAAAGUUUUCGGCCAUGCAAAAGUCUAUUUUGGUCACCUAAGGGAAGUACACAGGGUUGUUAUCAGCACCGAGCCCUCCAGUAGCGAGCAACAGCUGCAAGAUGCUCUGAGGAGCAGAGACACAAAUAUAAAAGAGGCAGAAGAAGCAACAGAAAGGGGAAACAAGUGCAAUUUGGAAGACCUGUUCCAUAAUGCCGGAGAGGUUAAAUUACAGAUCAGAUGUGGUCGGUGCCAGUUCAUCGCACAGUCUUUUGCUGAAAUGAAGUUUCAUUUAUUGUGCUCUCAUGGAGAAGAGAUCCAGGGAAGAGUGAAGGAAGGGGUUUUGCAAGGAAGUAAAGGAGCUAAGGGGGAACUCAUCAAACAUGCAACACACUUCUGGAAACAGCGCAAUGAAAGAAGACAUUUAGCAAAAUGCAAUGCCCGUGAGGAGGAGUUUUAUGCUUUUCCAAAACUGAAAAGACAGAUAUACUUUCACCAUCAGAAUAAUGCUGAUAUGUUAUCUAAAAGUGAAGUGACUCAGUCAGGAAGCAGUGAAGCAGGCAAGGAGAUGCAAAAUGUAGGUUGUGGUACACCAAGCAAAAAGAUUGAAAUUUGGUCUAAAGCUGGAUAUAACUGCAUUUUGUGCAAACAGUUAUUUGGAAGGAAAGAGGAUCUUUGUAAUCAUUGGCAGAGUCAUCAUAACUGUGAAGACCCUUCUAUUUUAUGGACAAUCUUUAAUUUGGUCUCGAAACAAGGAAUUAUUGAACUUUCCAACAAUGGUUAAUAUUGAAGUGCAGUUUUACUGUGCUGUAUUGCUAAACUGACUCGUGAGAUGUACUGCUUCAGAGGUUUGUUUGGUAUGGUGGUUUCUUUGGUUAGCAAUUACAAUCUUUGCUCACCUUUGUUUUGUUGAAUAGAAAAUGUAUUCAUCCACUGUCUUUCCAGAUGGAUACAUGCGGGCUGGUUAUGAAAUACUGUAUUUAAUAUUCAUGUAUGAGGAACUUAGCAGAAGUAAAUACUCAAUGCUAAUGGUUAAAAUUAAGAAGAUACUCAAAUUACCUUACGCUGUACGUUAUGCAGAAAUAAAUCAGUUUAUAUAAAGUAAUCCCGAUCUUGAAUGAAAUGGCAAACCAGGCUGAAAGUGUAAUUUCAGUCCCAACUGUGCUUCCAGAUUUUAUGCUAAACUGGUAUUUCUGUACAAUUCUGUAGAUGAUUUGAAGGUGCAUAUAUAUGCAUAUAUAUGCAGCCUGCGUUCAGGAGCUUUAUUAUCUGUAAUUUAAAAGCUUUUAAUCUUGUUUUCUUGAUUUCAGUCUUUUCAGCCACCAGGUCUUCUAGGAGUUAUAUUCUGUCCUUACAACAGCAGGGAUCUCUGGACUUUAAAGUGAAAAAUCUACAUGUAUUUUUUUGCCUGUAGCCCUUUGCAUUGAAGACAAGAGUUAGUCACCACCUGUGAAGAUGGAACCCUCAAAGCUUGACUGCUUUAUGAAAAAAAAAAAAAAAAGAAAAAAAAAGAAAAAGAGGUUGUUCUAAAAAUAAUCUGAGUUUGUUACUUCAGGGAAGUUUGACAUUCUGCAAUAGGUUGCAUGAUUCACAUUGAACUUUAAGCAUUUUCCUUGCACCUCCUGUGACAGCAGCGCAAACACCUUUGGCUCUGCCUUUAACACUCUUGGUAUAUCUCUUUUUGUACCUAUGCAGUUGGCCCAGUCUUCAGCUUCAAAGGAAAAUUGUUCCCCUGCUUCUGAGUCAAUGAUACAGCUAAUGAGCUUUUUUCACUUGUGUUGCCAGAUUUACCGUAUUGUAGGAUUGGCCUGCAGCACCUUCACCUUCCAAUAUCAGGAGCCAGUAGCAGUUUCCUUACCAGGAUACACACCUGUAGUGGAUGUGGUGUUCCCCCUAAUGGACCACUUCAGCACAUCCCCAAGGAGACAAUUUAAGUUGAGGCUGUGAGGAGAUGGAGUUCUGGAGCUCAUUUUUUAUGAAAAGUUCAUUGAAGCCAUUAAAUCUGGUUUGAAAUUUGUGUUUAAACUGCUGUUACUUAAAUCCUUAUGUGCAUCUGAAUUAUUUUGGAAGCAGUAAUGGGGACAGUGUAGGAGGUUACCCUCAGCAGGCUUGCAGAUGGCACAAAACUGGGGGGAGUGGCAAUACACCAGAGGGCUGUGCUGCCAUCCAGAGGGACCUCAACAGUCUGGAGAGAUGGUCUGGUAGAAACCUCGACAAAGAGAUGUGUGAAGUCUUGCACCUGAGGAGGAACAACCCCAGGCACCAGGACAUGCUGGGGGCCUCCCAGCUGGAAAGCGGCACUGUAGAAAAGGACCUGGGGGGAGUCUUGGUGGACACCAGGUUGAUCAUGAGUCAGCAACAUGCCCCUGCCACAAAGAAGGUCAGUGGUUAUUGAGGGCUGGUGGAGGGAGGUGAUCCCUUCCUUCUGUUCAGCACUGGUGAGGCCGCACCUGGAGUGCUGUGUCCAGUGCUGGGCCUACCAGCACAAGAGACGUGGAUGUACUGGAGAAGGUCCAACAAAGGGCCAC